AUGCGUACCACACUCGCGACUUUCUUUGCCGGCCUGUUGAGCUCAGCGUGGUGUUUGCCGGUUGAGGAUUCCCAAGCCUCGCUAUUUUAUCAGCGACAGCUAGCCGAACUGCCCAAGACUUGGAUCGAAAACAUAGCCGUUCGCCGGAAUGGCAACCUGCUCCUCAACACCUUCAACAAUGGCCAGAUGUACACCGCCGAUCCAUCCCAAUCGCCACUCCAACCACGUAUAAUCGCCAAGGUUGAAGGUGUGAACGCACUCUACGGCAUCACUGAGGUUGGUCGUGAUAUUUUCGCUGUUGCGGGGGCGAACUUCGACCCUGCAACGAUGGCAAUGCCAGACCAAUCUUCAAUGCGGUUGGCUGUUGUAAGCUUCCAAAGCGACCGGCAAUUCACCGACGGCAACCCUUCUGUCGAAGUCAUUCUCAAAAACACUACUUUCGGAGCUGUCAACGGGCUUACUUCGCUCUCAUGUCAGCGGCAUAUCGUCCUCGGCGCUAUCUCGGCUACCGGAGAGAUUUUAAGGGUCAACACGAAGACCAGAGUCGCCGACAUUGCCUUCAAAGAUGAAGAGUUCACCAUUGGAUCAUCUGGUCUGUUUCCGUUUGGGGUCAACGGCCUCAAGAUAUUUAACAGUUACUUAUACUUCACAAACACCAACCGGCAAACGUUUGGACGUGUCAAGAUCGACAAGCUUGGGAACAAAGUUGGCAAUGUAGAAAUCAUUACCCGCGCGCCGGCAAACUCAACCUUGACGCCUGAUGACUUUGUCAUUGACAAGCUUGGGAACGCAUAUGUGGGAUUCUGGCCAAGUCUACUGGUUAAGAUUGCCCCAGACGGGAAGCAAACAAUUCUUGUCAACGGCACACUUGCUGGACCCACGAGCGAGGCUUUAAGCAGGGAUGGAAAGACUCUUUACACAGUCACUGCCGGACUAGGUUUGGCCACAGUCGGUGGUGGUCAAAUAUUGGAGGCAAAGGUAUAG